AUGAAACCCCAAGCUCCUGCUCUUCCCUGUUCCAGAGAUAGCCUCAACUUCUGUGCAGUGUCAGUCUCAUCCCAUAGACACUACUGUAAAGGUUGGAGUGAACAGAUUUGUCUGUAUUGGGCACCUGAGUGCUCUGCAUCUAUCAAAGUGGAAAUUGUCGACAUCAAUGACCCCUUUAUUGACCUCAACUACAUGGUCUACAUGUUCCAAUAUGAUGCUACCCAUGGCAAGUUCAACAGUACAGUGAAGGCUGAGAAUGGGAAGCUUGUCAUCAACAGGAAGGCCAUUACCAUCCUCCAUGAACAAGAUCCUAACAUCAAAUGUGGUGAUGCUGGUGCUAAAUAUAUUGUGAAAUCUACUGGUGUCUUCACCAUCAUGAAGAAUGCCAGGGGCCACUUGAACGGUGGGACCAAAAUGGUCAUCAUCUCCACCUCUUCUGCCAAUGUUUUUGAUGUCCAUAUCAUAACUGCCACUCAGAAGACUGUGAAUGGCCCCACUGGAAAGCUGUGGUAUGAUGACUGUGAGGCUGUCCAGAACAUCAUCCCUUCAUCCACUGGUGCUGCCAAGGCUGUGGGCGAGGUCAUUCCAGAGCUGAGUGGGAAAUUCACGGCCAUAGCCUUCUGUGUUCCUACCCAUAAUGUAUCUAUUGUGGAUCUGACAUGCUGCCUGAAGAAACCUACCAAGUAUGAUGACAUCAAGAAGGUGGUGAAGCAGGCAUCAGAGGGUUCACUAAAGGACAUCCUGGGCUACACUGAGGACCAGGUUGUCUCCUGUGACUUUAACAGUAACUCCCACUCCUCUACUUUUUAUGCUGGGGCUUGUACUGCUCUCAAUGAUAGCUGUGUAAAGCUUAUCUCCUGGUAUGACAAUGGAUUUGGCUACAGAAACAUGGUGGUGGACCUCAUGGCUACAUGA